UGUUGAUUAUCGGCCCGUUUGUUUAAGGUUUGGAGACUGGGAUCAGGCGAGAGCUUCUUACAAACCCCGGCUAUAUCAAGUAUGCGACCGCAGCGGUAAACUGGUCAUUGAGGAGAUUGCAAAUUUCAAUCAGGAGAGUUUGGAUGGAGACGACGUCAUGCUACUAGACACCUACGACCAAAUUUAUGUCUGGAUCGGCGCGGGUGCGAGCGAACAGGAAAAAGAAGGAGCCACAGAAUUAGCGGAGGUGUUUUGA